AGAAAGAAGGUGGCCGCGGUCCGUGGAGGUCUCUGACGGUUUCAGGGCGUUCGUGUCCCUCACCCGCCACCUUCCCUCCAGUGGUUCUCACGAUGCCGAUGUACCAGGUAAAGCCCUAUCACGAGGGUGGCGCAUCUCUCCGUGUAGAGCUUCCCACCUGCAUGUACCGGCUCCCCAACGUGCACUGCAGGGACAGCAGCCCGGCGCAGAACGUGAGCCACGUGCAGGGAGGGUCUGACCCAUCUCUUCAAGCUCUUGAGUCCCGUCAGGACAAUAUUUUAAAACGUCUGUACGAAUUGAAAGCUGCAGUCGAUGGUCUCUCCAAGAUGAUUCAGACGCCAGAUGCAGACUUGGACGUAACCCACAUAAUCCAAGCCGAAGAGCCCACUGCUUUAUCAACCAGUGCAUUGGACUUAAAUUCAGUACUUGGAAAGGACCACGGGGCUCUGAAAGAUAUCGUGAUCAACGCAAACCCUGCCGCGCCGCCCCUCGCCCUGCUCGUGCUGCACCGGCUGCUCUGCAGCCGCUACAAGGUCCUGUCCACCGUCCACACACACUCAGCGGUCAAGAAUGUGCCAGAAAACCUUCUCAGGUGCUUUGGCGAGCAGACUGUAAAACAGCCCCGUAAUGAAUACCAGCUGGGUUUUACUCUUAUUUGGAAGAAUGUGCCAAAGACUCAGAUGAAGUUCAGUGUCCAGAGGAUGUGUCCCAUCGAGGGAGAAGGGAACAUUGCACGUUUCUUGUUCUCUCUGUUUGGCCAGAAGCAUAAUGCAGUCAAUUCAACCCUCAUAGAUAGCUGGGUAGACAGAGCUAUUUUUCAGUUAAAAGAGGGAAGUGGUAAAGAAAAAGCCGCCGUGCUCUGCUCCAUGAACUCUGCUCUCGGGAAGAGCCCCUGGCUCGUGGGGAAUGAACUCACCGUGGCCGACGUCAUGCUCUGGUCGGUGCUGCAGCAGACCAGAGGCUGCAGUGUGCCCGUGCCAGCCAGCGUGCAGAAGUGGAUGAGCGCCUGUGAGAACCUGGCGCCUUUCAGCACUGCCCUCAAGCUCCUUCAGUGAAUCUCGGGAACUGGUUUU